GAAACAUGCCCGCUCGUCGGGACUCGGGAGUACCGACCAAUGCUCGCCGCCUGCCGAUCAGAAGUCGCGACGAGCUCACCUAAUAUUCCACCUCUCCCUGGCCGCCACCCAACAACCUAACCACAUGGCCGUAUAAUACUCCACUGCAGAAGCGAGGUGCUCGUGAAGUCGGCGUGAUAUCCGGAGUAGCCAGCAAGCCCAGCCCAGUGGCCGAUCCGUGAUCCGUGUUGGAGAGAGCGAGGGAGAGAAGAUGCGGCCGCGGCUGGUGCUCUUCGGCGACUCAAUCACCGAGCAGUCCUUUGCCCCCGGCGGCUGGGGCGCCGCCCUCGCGGAGCACUUCGCGAGGCAGGCGGAUGUGGUGCUGCGCGGGCUCAGCGGGUACAACACGCGCUGGGCGCUGAAGGUGCUGGAUAGAGCCAUGGAGGGGGCGGCCGACGGCGGCGCGGACCCGGCGGCAGUGACGGUGUUCUUCGGCGCCAACGACGCCACCCUGCCCGACGAGGUGCAGGCGCACCAGCACGUGCCGCUCGGGGAGUACAAGGACAACCUGCGCGCGAUCUGUGCCUACUUCAAGAAUAAGUGGCCCUCCGCUGCCAUCAUACUCAUCACCCCUCCACCGAUCCACGAGCCGGCGAGGAUUCGAGACAUAUAUGGAGAUAAUGACCCUUCAAGACAGCCUGAAAGAACAAAUGAAGCUGCUGGCACUUAUGCACAAGCAUGCAUAACUGUUGCUAAAGAAUUGGGUCAUCCAGUUAUAGACAUCUGGACACAGAUGCAGCAAUGUCCUGAUUGGCAAACAUCUGCAUUAAGUGACGGGCUACAUUUCACCCCGUCCGGGAACAAAAUUUUGUUCGACGAGGUGCUGAAGACACUGGAAAGUGUUGGUUUCAGCCAGCACAGUCUCCGGUCCGAUCUCCCUCUCUUCCAUGAAAUUGACCCCAAGGACCCACUGAAAGCCUUUGAGAUUUGAAGAAGGUAUCUGCCGCAUGGUUGGAUUCCCAGAAGGAAGGCACUAUGACUCAGCUUUAUGUUCUGAAAACAAACUAUGUUGGUUUGGUGACUGAUGUGUUCUGUAACAUGGAUAUAUUGUGCCUAUGUUCUAUGUCAGCAAUGCUCGUGACUUAUUUUGAA